CUGCGCAAGCCUCCACCACCACUCACCCCCUCCCCCAUCGCAACCAACUUAACCCGCCAAUGCCUCCCAAACUCGGCGGCUCGCUCCCCAAGAGCCUGUCACCCAUCCAAGACCCAACAUCCGUCUUCUACUGCCCGUCUUGUUCCCUCUGGCGGCGUUCCUUCUCCACGCGUCGCCGACUUCCUUUGCCUACCACCAUCACAGCUAGCUCACGCCGCACCAUCGCUACCGCCCCGGUCGUGCACACGAGAACGAUUCCUCCGCGAUUGAAGGAGCUGCAUGAGGCGUUGGGCCAGGUGAAGGAUAUUGCGACGGAACAGGUGAAUCUUAGUCGGUUGCAGCUUGCCUUGAGGGGGUUGGAGACGGAGACGCCGUUGGUGAGGGUUGCUGUUCUGGGAUUGAAUGAUGCGGCGGCGGCGAGGAGACUCGUGAGGUUGUUGUUGGCGGAUCCGUUGAAUCAGAGGGAGAUUUGGGAGGAUGCGUUGGAGGCGUAUGGGGAGGAUACGGAACGGGGGUUGUUGAUUCGGUACGGCGAAGUCUCAGAUACUAUUCCGAAUGACCUACUUCCGACGAUCUCGGUGCCCUCGCCGAUACUCAAAAAGGGUAAUUUGGAGAUCCUGGUGACGACGCUCGGUGCUGAGGCAGAUGUUUCGAAUGCUCGGUUUACCGCAGAUACUUUCCUCGUGCCGACAGUUACGAUUCGCACGUCGCAUUCGGGUCGGCAUAAUAUGGUGCGGUAUCCGGUGCAUCGGAGUAUCGUGUGUGGGAGUGGAGUGGAUGGGUUUCUCGCGUACAGUGGAUUGAUGGCGCGGUCGGACUUGAAGAAGGAGGCGGCGUCGGUCUACGGGGCGAUUGAGCUGGCGGUCACGCAGCCGCAGAAGUAUAAUGGACGGGUUGCGUUUGUGGAUAUUGACAAGGCGGAUGACGCGCUGGCCAAGUUUCGUGAGUCGGUGCAGAAUGCGUCGCUCUAUGAACGGGGCUGGAACAGUAGCGGUGUGCAGCCGGUGGUGGAUUGGUUGGCGUCGCUGCGGGCGGAAGAAGGCACACUGGAUCCGUCGUUGCGGACCUUGAUCACGUCUCUCCUGGAUGCGGCGGAUGCGGGUGCCACGGCGGCGGAGCAGAAGAAGCACCAGGAGCAGGAAGCUGGUGCUGUGAGCUGGGAGACUCGCGAUGUUCUCGACCGGUCUGUGUCUGCGUGGGCGGAGCGAGCACACACGGAGCUCCGCGGCUCGCUCGAGGAGGGCUUCGCCAGCAAGCCGUGGCGCGGACUGGCGUGGUGGAAGCUCUUCUGGCAUGUGGACGAUGUGGGCAUGAUCACGUCGGAGAUCCUGGACCGGAAGUACCUUCGCCAGGCCGAGAGGGAGGUGAUCUGGACUGCCGGCCGGUACCAGCAGGCCGGACUGACCGAGACCCAAGACGAGACGAACUGGCCGGCACAGAUCCCGACGAGUCGGACUCGGCUCCUGGAGACGACGGUGCCGUCCCUGCAGGCAUUGGCGCAGCGGCUGGUGAUGUUCAGCAUCUCGACCACGACGCUCACCUCCGCGCUGUCCGCGCUGACAUACAUCUCACUCCCAACCACCAGCGUCUACGAGACCUGCACCAUGGCCGCCGUCGGCUUGAUCUACUCCCUGCGCCGUCAGCAGCGCAAGUGGGAGUCGGCGCGACACUGGUUCGAGAACGAGGUGCGCGAAGAGGGCCGGACCGCGCUGCUCGAGACGGAGACCCAGCUGCGCGAGACGGUACAACAAGGAGGCCACAUCGAAGAAGUGCCAGCAGACAAGACAGCCAGAGAGACGAUCGAGCGGGCACGACAAGCUCUGAAGGAGCUGUAGCAGUAGCAGUAGCAGCAGCCUGAUAGCUAGCAUCAUGUACAAUACAAUACCACCAUCC